ACUGCGCAGGCACUCAGUUUCGCAUUCUCUGCUUCAAAAUAUCACUAGCUUACUCCUCGCAUUUGGCUUGCUUGUUAUUCAUUAUACUCAGAUUAAACUACUGAGAACUGUGUAAAAACAAAGCAACUGAUUAAUUGAUUUGCCUUCUUCGUAAAGCGCUAUCAUGGGCGACCAGCAACGUUCUAAAGGUGAGCAGUUGAUGAUCGAAGCAGAGGCGAUGCUGAACCAAGGUGGGGGCAUGUGCUGUGGCAAGAAGGCACGUGUGCGAUCCGAGGAGGCAUGCAUGUUGUACGUGAAGGCCGCCAACGCCUUCAAGAUGGCCAAGGAGUGGCACAAAGCGGGAAAUGCAUUCGCAGAAGCUGCCACUAUAGAACUGAAGAACGAGAGAAAAACAGAAGCCGCGAUGCACUUUGUAGAGGCAGCUAAAUGCUACAAAAAGGUGAGUCCUAACGAGUGCGAGCAGUGCCUCGUGAAAGCAGGCGAAGUGUACGACGAUGUAGGCAGAGGGAAGACAGCAGCCAAGCAGCUCAUGACCCUGGCGGAACUCUACGAAGAACAGGGCAACUUACAGAGGGCAGUGGAAGAGUACCAGAAAGCUGCCGACAUGUUCACUACCGAGCAAUUGGCCUCUUCCACCACUAAAUGCUUGAUUAAAAUAGCAACGCACAGUGCCAGCCUUGGUGAUUAUGACAGAGCCAGGAAACUAUUCGAAGAGAUAGGAACAGAAGCUCUCAACAACUCACUGCUCAAAUACACUGCUAAUGAAAACUAUACUAAAGCUGGCCUCUGCAUUUUAGCAAACAACCCUCAGGAUGGAAAGGGACUACAAGAGAAGAUUGAAGAAUGGAAAGACACGAAUCCUUCAUUUCCUGGCAGUCGAGAAUGUAAUUUUUUAUCAAAAUUAGCUUUAGCUGUCAUAAAAGACGACGUUGAUGAAUUCAACGAAGCUAUUCGGAGCCAUGAAUCCAUAUCAAGGCUGUCUGAUUGGGAUAAUGCCCUUCUCAAGACUAUCAGGAAAAACUUAGGACCAGAUUUGCGCUAAUCAUUCUUGAAGGUGACAUUCCAUCAUUGUAACCAAAGUUUAUGGACUCACGCCUUAAGUAUGCUUAAAAAGAAUAUAUGUUUUUUUUUUUUUUUUUUUUUUUUUUUUAAGAUUUUAUGUUUACAAUUAUUAUUAUGCCACAUUCAUAAGAAUGAAAUCAAGCUAUUAACCCGUAACUGGAGACGGGAGUCAAAAUAAUUCCGUGUUGUACAUUGGCUCUGAUUAUCUCUGAUUUUUUUCUUUGUCCUUAAAUACAGUCAUCUCUUUAUUACCUUCAAGUAGUACUUUUAACAGUAUGUUGGCAGAAGUCUAAGCUUGAAUACGUGCAUAUAUCCGAAUUAUUCUUUUUCAAAGUUUUUGUUGUUAUUUAAGGAGUCAUUGAUUCCACAUCUCUGUAACUGUGAUUGAAAAUAUAUCUAACGAACCAGUUAAGUUCUACAUAUUUUCCAUUGCAAUCCGUAUUGUAUUCUUCCUUUUUAUUUGUUAAAUUAUAAUAUUUAUUAAUGUUAGUGUCAUCCCGUAAUAUUUAAAUGAAGUAAGUACGCAUGAAAAGAUUGUUUAGGUUUUUCUUAUAAUAUUUUUCCAACAUUUAAUAUUAUAACACUUGGCAAUCUCAAUAUUAAUAUUUUUGGGAAUUACAUGAUUUCCAGAAUAUAUUGCGUUUCAAAAAAAAAAAGUUCAUUGCUGUUUACAAAAGACAAAAAAGAAAAAUUACAAUGGAUUCUUUUUUGACUCCAUGUCUCUGACCUCGUAAGGAAAUUCAUGUCUCCAGUUAUGGGUUAAUCUCAAAUUCUAGACAAUGGAUUAAUCUCAUUUAUUCUUUAGGGUUUUAUUAAAAUUUAAUUAUAACCCUUUAUAGCAAUUAAUAACUUGAAAUUAUCAGCAAUAUUUGGAAAGUUUUGAAUAAAGUUCGUAAAGCUUGACAGCUUCAUUGUAUCAUAAAUUUAGCAAUGAAACACUCAGUACCUGAAUUUGAUCCUUUUUGGUUAAGUUCUGAAAACAGCAGAUACACAAAUAAUUACAAAGAAUUUUAAUUUGCUCUCCAUUUUUUCUCAUCAAAUGAUAGAAAAAUUAUUUACAAUUAAGCAAUUAGCUGAUGAAGGUGAUUGCUUUUCCAGAACUUCAGUUUUUCAAGUGGCAUUUUAUAAAAUAUUCGAACAUUUGAUCACAGAGUAUUAGAACCAUAUGAUUAUAUAUUGUUACCUGACCGGUAUAUUUUCUAAAGCGUAUUAGUAUUAUGCGAUAUUUUCUAUCGAUAGUGCAUUUCAGAGUUCGUAACUAAUUUUCUUUCAAAUUGUGUCCCCUACUACGUAGGAGCAUGCUAUUUUUGCCUACACUUUUUCUUUGAUAAACCUAUAGCAAACACUGCUAAAAUGUCUUACAAAGGUGUAACUAUUCUUCCCUACUAAUUGCCUUAAAAGUUGUUGAUAAAUCUGAAUAUAAGAGCUCAGAUGAUUUACACAUUGUUAGUAUAUUUAAGAGUUUAUUUCUCAGUAGAAAUUUACAGCUUCAUUGUAAUUUAGAUAAGAUGUAAAGAUAGAGUUUUUACCAGCUCAAAUAUUGCUAGUUAGUAUGUGUGUAAUUAUGUUUUCCCUAUUAUUCGAACUGUGAUGUUUCUUGUUUCCUACUAUUGAUAAUCGAAUUGUGAAUAAUAGAUCUAUGUACUGUUGCAAUUACAAUAAAUUAUCUGUGAAUUUGCGAA